AUGAGACUGUCUAAGCGAGUUCAAUUUUUAAAAGAUGCUAGAGAUAAAAGAGCACAAAAUGCAGAGAAUAAUGAAUUGUUUAGUGAUGAAGUUUCAGAAUGUGAAUCUUUAGGCAGUGAACUUUUAGGCAUCGAAUCUUUAGAUAGUAAAUCUCCAAGUAGCCAAUCUUCUAGUGAUGAAAAUGAUUGGGUGGAUGAACUCUUUAAACCCAAAUUAAAUACACAUAAUUUAAUUGUUAAUAGUAAUAGUGAAAAUUCUUCAGAAGAAGAAACUUCUGAAUACACAUUAUCUGAAUUAGAACAAAAAAUAAAAAACGAGAUACAGGAUCUUCAGCUUCAGUAUACUGCACAAUACCUUCGGCUUGUAGAAUCAGGACUUAUUAGAGUGCAAGCAACUUCAAAACGAGGAAAACAUCAAAAAAUCCAGUCACUUUUACUUGAUAAAGAUGUUAAAAGUAAACUUCUUAAAUAUUUAAGUUUGCAUAAGUUUAAAUUAAGCAUUCAUAAACUUUGUGACUAUGUUUGUAAUGAAAUAUUUCCAAGUAUCGGAAUUGAAACAGGAAAAACUAUUAAUAUAUAUGUUGAUGGUCAUAAACGAUCGGAUGUUGUAGAGUAUCAUCGUAAUUUUUUAGAUUGUAUGGCCCAGUAUGAGUUAUUAAUGCCAGAUUGGUCUGAUGACUUAAUGCAACAAAUCAAUCCAAUUCUUCCUGCUAGAGAAAGGUUACAUAUACUAGUAACACAUGAUGAAUCAGUAUUUUAUGCAAAUGAUGGGCAAAAGGCAUUUUGGACACCUAUUGGUAAACUACCAUUAUGUUCAAAAUCAGCUGGAGGUAGUAUAAUGGUUAGUGAAUUUCUUUGCGAUACAAUUCGCCAGCUUCGAUUAGAUAAUGUUUACCAGCAACAAUAUAAUAGUUUUUCAUUUGAACAGCAAAUUCCUACUGAAGCCCAUUGCAUUAUUCAUCCUGGUAAUAAUCAUGAUGGUUAUUGGACAAUUAGUGACAUGGCACAGCAAUUAAAAAACAAGGCAAUUCCAAUAUUUGAAGCAAUACAUCCUGGUUGCAUAGCUGUUUUUGCUUUUGAUAAUAGCAGUAAUCAUGCUGCAUUUGCUAAUGAUGCUUUAGAAAUAAAUUAUCCUGAUGGCACACCAAAAGGAAUAUAUCAAGUUCUUGAAGAAAGAGGUUUAGCUUAUCCUAAUUUAAAAAAAAUCUGCUCAGAUUGUAAAAAGGGAGCUCUUCAGAAACGUGAUUGUUGUGCUACACAAAUUUUAAGUCUAGAACCAGAUUUUGCUAACCAAAAAUCACUCCUUGAAGAAAUUGUUGAAGAGGCAGAUUAUAAAAUUAUUUUUUAUCCAAAAUUCACUGCGAAUUAA